AUGGCACUAGAAGCUGUGGUUUUCCCUCAAGACCUCUUCAACUAUGCUUUCAAGGAGUGGUGCGCCAACACCGGAAGUGGAGGAGGAGCAUGGGAGGAGAAAAGUAUGGUGUUAGAAUGUGAGAUGGCUGGAGGUGGAGGCGAAGGUGGAGGUGGGACCUGGGACCCAACCUGCUCCUCCUUGGCACGGAAUCUCCAGGAUUGGAAUGUGAAUUCCUCGACGCCGACAGCAGCCAGUGCGCCCGCCGGGGCGGGGGGCCGGAGAAAGAGGCGGCGUACGAAGAGCAUCAAGAACAAAGAGGAGGUGGAGAGCCAGAGGAUGACCCACAUUGCCGUGGAGCGCAACCGCCGGCGACAAAUGAAUGAAUACCUCGCUGUGCUCCGUUCUCUGAUGCCGGCUUCCUAUGUCCAAAGGGGUGAUCAAGCAUCGAUCGUCGCCGGCGCGAUCAACUAUGUCAAAGAACUUGAGCAGCUCCUUCAAUCACUGGAAGUCCAGAAACGGGUCAAGCAACAAGCGGAUGCAGCCGGCGUUGCCGCCGCCUUUGCCGACUUCUUCAGCUUCCCCCAGUACUCCUCUUACUCACCCAGUGGCGGCACCACCGCCGGAAACGGUAGUGGCAUAAUUGACCAUGAUAGUAUCUUCCGAAACACCGAGGAGAUCGAAGACGACGAAGCAGCCGCCGCAAACAUCGAGGUGACGAUGGUGGACAGCCACGCAAACCUCAAAGUGCUCACGAGGCGGCGCCCGAAGCAGCUGCUCAAGCUGGUGGCCGGGCUGCAGAGCUCGCGGCUCCUGCCGCUGCACCUCAACGUCACCUCCGUCGACCAGAUGGCCAUGUACUCCUUCAGUCUCAAGGUGGAAGAUGACCGUCACCACACGUCGGUGGACGAGAUUGCAGCAACAGUGCAUCAAAUGUUAGGCAGGAUUCAGGAGGAGGCAAAACUGUAGAAUCUCUGUUGUCUUCUUGUAGCAUGGAAAAGGGUGUUGAUUGCAUGAAAUAAUCUGGCCUUGUGAUGUGCAGCAGCAGAAACUCCUGUUCACCAUGAGAUCUGCUAUUGAUGAUAGCCUGAGUAUGCUCUCUGCUUGGCCAAAAAAAUAUCUUCGACAGUCUCACUGAGAACACCCAACACAACGAGAACUCGGUCAAAGGCUGUGAAACAGAGGAUCUUUGCAUCUGAACAUAAGCUUUUAGAAUUUUCCUUGGAUUGUUUUUCCUUCAA